CCCGCAGACACACACACACACACACGGACGGCUCAGUCACAGCGGCUGUACAGGAGCUGCCGACACACACACACACCCACACACACAGCCCGACAGCGAGGUGUGUGCUGUGUGGGGUCGGUGUGCGGCUGACGAUGUGGGGGCCGGAGCCGGAGCCGGAGCGGGAGCGGGAGGACAGGGCUUUGCUGAGUCGGUACCUGGACGGGAGGCACUGGGAACUGAAGGACCAGUUGCGGCGACACACGGCUCACAGUCCGGUCUUCGCGCAGCGCAGGUAUGACCUGAGCCUGGAUGAGAUGCGAGACCUAACCUUUGAACGAGUCAAGUUUAUUAUAAAGUUACCACAGAUUCAACAACAGUUACAGGAGCAGACAGAAAAGAAGAAGGACUUUAUCAAUAAAAGCCUGGCCUUUGGAGAAGUUGUUUCAACAGCUGAUCUUACAACUGGAGUGAAGAUGGGAGUUGUGUGUUGGUUGUUUGGUGGGGCAGUUGUCAACCUUGGCAGUCCAGAGCAUAUUGAAAAAUGGGUUCAACCCAUAAAGGACCUAAAGUUCACUGGAAUGUUUGCGAUGACUGAAUGUGGGCAUGGUAGUAAUGUAAAAGGUAUCCAGACUCAGGCUACAUAUGAUCCAGCGACCAAGGAAUUUGUUAUUCAUACUCCUUGUGAAGAUGCUAAGAAGAUGUACAUUGGGAACGCAAUGCAAGGAAACUAUGCCGCUGUGUUUGCUCAACUCUACGUCAAUGGAGAGUGGCAAGGACCUCACUGUUUUAUUGUACCCAUUCGAGAUCAGGCUGGCAAAGUAUACCCGGGAGUUACUGCAGUUGACAUGAGGCACAAAGAGGGUCUAAAUGGAGUCGAUAAUGGAAUUUUAUUUUUCGACAGCGUUCGAAUUCCAAAGGAGAAUCUACUGAACAAAUUUGGCUCAGUAUCUCAACAUGGAGUUUAUGAGUCGCCCAUUAAAGACAAAACUGCUCGUUUUAAUGCUAUGUUAGCAGCUCUUACCCCAACGAGAAUUGCCUUAGUAUUUCAAGCCGUGGCUGCUAUGAAGCUUGGAUUGACAAUUGCCAUCCGCUACAGUUACAGCCGCCGACAGUUUGGGCCAAAGAACAAAGAAGAAGUCAAAAUCAUCGAGCACCAGACCCAGUAUCUUCGCCUAAUGCCUCAUCUCGCCACUUCACUGGCACUGACGUUUACAAGCAGAUAUGCAGGAGAGAUACUUGAUGAAGAUGUGUGUCAGGGGAAGGACCUGGUCAAUAAUCGACCUUUGCAAGCCUUGGUGGCAGGAUUGAAGGCUUACAGCACCUGGGAAAAUGUGGGCUGUUUGCAAGAUUGUCGAGAAUGUACAGGUGGCAUGGGGUAUAUGAUGGAAAACCGCAUCCCGGACCUGAAAUGUGACUCUGAUGUAUUUGUGACUUUCGAGGGUGACAAUGUUGUGAUGUUGCAGGUGGUUGCCCGUGACCUGUUAGCUCAGUACGCCCGGCAAUAUGAAGAAAGACCAGUGCUCGAACUGCUGAAACACUGGACCGCUUCCACAGCCGACAGUUUAAGAACCAGUUUCCUGGCGUUUAACACAGAGGUGGUGGGUUGCCUGAGCUUCUUACUGAAAGCGUUGAAUUUUCGAGAGAGGGUGCUGCAGCGAAGCUUGUCAGCCAGACUCUAUGACAAGGUAAAGAAAAAGAAAGAAGAAUUUUUCAGUGCAUGGAACUCCUGCCUCCACCAUGUUGUUGCCCUCGCUCUGGCUCACGUUCAUCGAGUGACGUUAGAACAAUUCUGGAAAGCUGUGAAAGAGUGUCCUGAGCCCAAAGACCAAGCUUUACUAAAAAAGUUUUGUCUUUUACACGGAACUAAUCUCCUUUACCAGGAAAGAGCCUGGUAUCUGGAACACAAAUACCUGACUCCUGCAAUAAGCGUGCAGAUAAGGAACCAGUUUCUGGAGCUGUGCAAGUCGGCCAAGGAGGAUGCUCUCACGGUGGUGUCAGCUUUCAACAUCCCAGCCAGUUCGGUCCAGGCACCGAUCGCCGGCAACCCCAGCCCCACAGCCACUUGGACUUUUUAUCCCCACCCCCCCGACUCCCCAGGAGCGAAGGCAAAUUUCCAAGCCAAAUUGUAAAAAGCCGAGAGAGCACCUCGUGCUGAACCAAACCACAUCGUGCCAGAUGAUGACUUACUUUCCUGUACAGUUUCUCCCCUCCACCACCC